CCAGCUAGUUCCUCCUCCUUCUAUAAUGAAUCAUCAAUCAUUUCCAUUAUUUAUUUAUUUUUCACCGAAUCGUUGAGCUCGUUUUCUCUGUUUCUUCAAAGCAAAUUCAUGUUUAUUUUUUGUGGGUUCAUCUAAUCUGUCUCUCUCGUUGCUGCUAGGAAGAACCCAUAUCCCUUUCUUCUAGCUGAGCCUCGCAAGCUCAAAUCCUAAGAAAUCUCCCACAACUGCUUUCGCUUGCGACAUCUUAACUGUCAUCUUCUUCUGCUGAUUAAGCUUGACUUGCUUUCAUUAUUCGUCCCGUCUUUUGAGACCAUGUUUGUAUAAACCUUUCGUUCUUCCUGCGUGUCUGCAAGUGAGCAUCCGAGUAUUAGGUUGUGAGGAUUCAAAAAUGGAUGCUUGGAAUCGGGUUUUCUUUGGCUCCUUUUGCUGCUGUUCUCUGUACAACUGGUGCUGUGCAGCGGGGUGGUAAUCAACCUACUGAGAGAAUUUCAGGUAGUGCUGGUGAUGUACUUGAAGACAAUCCAGUGGGCAGGCUGAAGGUCUUUGUUUAUGAACUUCCAAGCAAAUACAAUAAGAAAAUUCUGCAAAAGGACCCCAGAUGCCUCAACCAUAUGUUUGCAGCUGAGAUCUUUAUGCACAGAUUUCUUUUGUCUAGCCCUGUUCGGACCGUUAAUCCUGAAGAAGCUGAUUGGUUUUAUACCCCCGUAUACGCUACCUGUGAUCUGACCCCAAAUGGCCUUCCCUUACCUUUCAAGUCACCACGAGUGAUGAGAAGUGCUAUCCAGCUUAUUUCUUCAAACUGGCCUUACUGGAAUCGGACAGAAGGGGCAGAUCAUUUCUUUUUGGUUCCUCAUGACUUUGGAGCAUGCUUCCAUUACCAGGAAGAGAAGGCUAUUGAGAGAGGAAUUCUUCCAUUGCUACAGCGUGCAACCUUGGUGCAAACAUUUGGUCAAAAGAAUCAUGUGUGCUUGAAGGAAGGUUCAAUCACCAUUCCUCCCUAUGCUCCUCCGCAGAAAAUGCAGACGCAUCUAAUUUCUGAAAAGAUCCCUAGGUCCAUUUUUGUUUACUUUCGAGGACUGUUCUAUGAUGUUGGAAAUGACCCUGAAGGGGGCUACUAUGCGAGAGGUGCAAGAGCAGCAGUUUGGGAGAACUUCAAGGACAAUCCACUUUUUGACAUUUCCACCGAGCAUCCAACCACAUACUACGAGGACAUGCAGCGAGCCGUGUUUUGUUUGUGCCCACUUGGCUGGGCCCCUUGGAGUCCAAGACUGGUUGAAGCCGUCAUAUUCGGUUGCAUCCCUGUUAUCAUUGCAGAUGAUAUUGUUCUACCAUUUGCUGAUGCAAUCCCAUGGGAAGAGAUUGGAGUGUUUGUUGAUGAGGAGGAUGUUCCCAAGUUGGAUACCAUACUCACAUCUAUACCCCCAGAAGUAAUACUAAGAAAGCAGAGAUUGCUUGCUAACCCUUCCAUGAAACAAGCCAUGUUAUUCCCUCAACCUGCUCAAGCAGGCGAUGCAUUCCAUCAGAUUCUGAAUGGGCUUGCUCGUAAGCUGCCACAUGACAAGAGUGUAUACUUGAAACCUGGCGAGAAGAUCCUGAAUUGGACUGCUGGUCCUGUCGGUGACUUGAAACCUUGGUAACAAAUUAUGACAGUUUUCUUCACAUAGCCAUUUGUGAUUCUUCACAUAUGUCUUGGUCAAUACUCCAAAUGUUCAUACGGUUGGGUUGUAAUUGAGAAGCCAGUUUUUCUUUGAUACUGUAAAUUUUGGCAUUUUCUCGGACAGUAUAUGAAAUCAUAAAAUCUUUAUUUUGGAGCUCUGUUUCUCCAUAUUUGUUUGUCACACAAGCUGCAUUUAUUUGUAAGUGUUAUUUGUUACAGAAAUUCCUAGUUUCACUUGGUGAAAACUAGUUUCGUCUGGAGUUCAA